AAUUAGUCAUAAUGGUGCGGUUACCAUCAUUCAGUCACUCGACUAACUUGACCUUCAGUAUUUAGAUUGAUUUUUUUAAUAUUUGGAUUUGUUUAAUGUUGAUUUAAAAUGGUAAUUGUGUUUCUGUAUAAUGCAUUUGUCUGGGAUUAUCUUAGCUGGAUAUAGCAUGAGUAAGAACUGGAAAUUGGUCAUUUCUAAAGUUUUGUGUUUUUUUUUUGGUUUUUGUUUUUUUUUGUUAAGAAAGGCUAAAGACUAAAAGGUUAGAAACAGUAAUGAAGGUAAAUCCUCCUUUGAUUCGUGUCUCAUGUGACCUGACUAACUGCUGCAAUCCUGUUGCUGAAUCUGCUGGAUCCUUUAUGGAUCUUGUGCAUGCUCAGCUUCUUCCUGCACCCUCUUUUUGUGGUAUUCUUCCAUGGAAAGCUGAGACAGUCAUGGACAAAGUAAGACACCACUGGAGGAGGAGUAUGAAUGAAAUAUAUCAGAAAUGAUCAGUACAGUAACUGUACAGCACAGUAUCACAAGUUGUAGUACAUCAGGAUAUAUAACUUCAGAUUUUCAAAGAGAAAACCAUUAAAAACUGUAUAUCAAUACAGUGGCAGUGCAAGUAUUGCAGUGUUUGGUUACAAAAAAACAUACAGAAGAGAGGAAUUCUGAGAAGGAAUGAAAGCACACAAACCUAACUAUACACCAUGCUCUGUACAAAAAAAACAUUAAAAUGUUUAAAAUGAUACAGUAAUCAAAGGACUUAAUAUAAUUUGUAGUGAGAAAAUAACUGCUAAGAUAAAUCUUGUUGAGCACCUGUAGUUUGGUCACUCGCUUACGACAUUCAUAUCGCUCCUUUUUUUUUUUUUUUUUGUGCUGGCCUGUUGACCUUCAUUACUUUUUUUAAAAUUAAUUUUCUUAUUGUGUGGUGACAUUUAAAAGUUCUGCAUCAAUUUCUCCAGCAGGGAUUUUUGCCACAUGUGUCAAAGCAGGUGUUGUCAAGUCACAUCUAAUAACUUACCUACUGAUAACCUUAAAGUUAGAUUUAGAAUUUUAAAUUUCAAAUUUAGAAUUUCAAAAUUCUAAAACCUUCUGUUUAUUUCCAAUUUACAUGAAAAAAAUUCUCAGACACUUUGUAUACAGGCUGUUUGACUCAAAUCUUGAACUUGGUAAUUUUGUUGUACAGAAAAUACAGUAAUGUUUCUAUUCGUGGCUGGCAUUAGAGGCUUUCUAGCUAGCAUGCAGGCAACACUGAGGCAUUCUUCAUUCUUGUCAGGAUCAGGGCCUGGAAAUCCUGCCAGGUAUUUUAGUUUAUUUCAAUUAAAGAAAAAGCCUAAAUAUAAAGCUUUGUUCAACUUCUCUUCUGUUCACAGUGGAGUGGAAAGGUGAGUUUUUUUUUUUAAUAAGUGUGAUUUGUGUGCUGGAUCUCUGAAAUGGUUUGAUGCUUGACACUUCAACCAACGUUUGUUUGGGUUUGUUUGUUUGUUUGUUUGUUUGUUUUUACAGUGGUAUCAAUGUAGCUAUAAUUUGUUAUGUGUUAUCAGCUACUUGAUGUGAUGAUGGAUUAUUGACUUUAAGUAGUUUCGGCUUUCUUAAAUUGACUGUAUGAUCUUAUAUCUCAAAUCUUAGCUCAGGACUUAUUAUGUAAUACGGCUUCUCUCACACAUCUGUAUUCAGGAUAAUAAUACAAUAUCUCUUAAAUGUUCACUAUCGAGGCUUGCUUUUAUGCUCUAGACUUUCUAGAUUCUUCUAUCAAACAUGUCCCUCUGGUCUUGCUUUUCUUUACAGAAGCACAUUGUAACUAACUUUAAUUCUCAGCAUGGUUUGGAGACACGCAAGAUUUAGAGAUGCCAAGAGUGCUAACUGAGCGAGCUGAACAUUCUCUGACUGAAAGAUCGACUGGACCACUGCAACAUACAAACGGAAUUUGUCGUCUAGAUGUUGUAACUCAGCUAAUAUGUCUAUGUGUUAAUUUAGAACUGCAAAACCUCCCAAAAAAUGGCACGCACUUGCUAUAGGCUUCCCCACAAUAUGGUUCCAGUGUUUACACUUUCUCCAGAGAAAACGCUGUUUACUCUUCUGUCUGGAGCAAUUCACUCAUUCACUAACUAGAAAGCAUACUAAGAGUGUAAUUUAGCAUCAUAAAUAUAUACUUCUUUUUUUUCAUAAAUAUAUCCUUGCACACGACAGUAAGAAAGUAAGGAUGGUAGGUGUACUACCAUUUUUACCAGUAGGUGGCUGUGAAGUGCCGUUUUAGAGACCUCGAUCCUUAUGUAAAAAUGCCUGGUAUAGCAGCAGUGAAGCAAAAUGUGAAUACAUUUACAUAUUGGAUAUAUCUACUGGUGUCCAAAAGUCUUAGAGCAUUAGUGAAAAUGCUUGUAUUUUGUAUUCUUUUUUCAUUUAAUACAACAAUUUUCAUUCAAAUUAUAUUAUUGACAACAAUUUGAGUGAAAAGUAGAAUCUUUGAAAUAUUUACAUGAAUUUCAGAGUUUCUUAGUUUGCUUUCAUGACUGUGCACUCGAGCUGACACAGACUCCACAAGUUUGUGCAAAACCUUAUGGUGCUUCAGUAGAAGAGAUUAGACAUGAGGAAAAAUCUGAUCUUUUGUACAAAGCAGUUAACGUGGUCAAUAUUACACAUUUGCUUGCAUUUAAAUAGGGACUGAGAAAUAGUGUGGAAUAUUGAAUAUUAAAUGUACAAGAUAUUGAACAUUUUCUUUUUUUUUUAAUAUUUCAAAAUUCUAAAACUUUCUGUUUAUUUCCAAUUUACAUUAAAAAAAAUCCCAGAUUUUCAAUGUGGUGAAAAGAUUCUCAGACACUUUGUAUACAGGCUGUUUGACUCAAAUCUUGAACUUGGUAAUUUUGUUGUACAGAAAAUACAGUAAUAUUUCUAUUCGUGGCUGGCAUUAGAGGCUUUCUAGCUAGCAUGCAGGCAACACUGAGGCAUUCUUCAUUCUUGUCAGGAUCAGGGCCUGGAAAUCCUGACAGAUAUUUUAUUUUAUUUCAAGUAAAGAAAAAGCCUAAAUAUAAAGCUUUGUUCAUCUUCUCUUCUGUUCACAGUGGAGUGGAAAGGUGAGGGUUCUUUUUUAAUAAGUGUGAUUUGUGUGCUGGAUCUCUGAAAUGGUUUGAUGCUUGACACUUCAACCAACUUUUGUUUAUUAAUACUCUUUGAGUGUGAGUGCGUGCGUGCAUGUGUGUGUGUGCGUGUGUGUGUCACCUAUUACAUCAGGGUUGUUCAACUAAAAUUUGUGAAGGUCCAGUUAUAUAAAAUUCCUUGUUUACAAAGGUCCAGGGAGAUAUGCAGCUAACAUGACUGAAUGGCAACGAUGAUCAGUUUAAUAGCUUAUAAGUUUAAUGUUCAGUUUAAGGCUAUAAAUAAGACUAUGUGUAGUGGUUUUGCUUCGUUUCGUGACUGCACUUCACGUUACUACUUCAGACUAGCCCCUUGAGACAUCUGUUUUGAAUUGUAAUGUGGGGAGAGUAACCACAUUCUUAUCUGUCCAUUCGUCUUUAAACAUUUUGUUUUCUUUGGUGAUUCUUUUCUUCAGUCAUUCAUCAGUGCACUGAUCAGUCCAGAGAGUAAAUAAAAAUGGUGAAUCUCUGAAUAUUGUCUAUGAAAGCUCUCUUCUUUCAGACCUAAUAUCUCUGGCUAGUCUCUGGUCUAUUAAAUUACCGUCAGCUAAAAAAUUUGCAUAAAUGCAUGUGAUUGUAUGCAACAGAGGAUCUGCAGAAGCCAUGCUCGUUCACCUUUAUUGGCUGUACUAAUGUAUUUUUCAAGUACUUAAUUUGCUUGGAAAUACUUUGCUGGGUCCAAAUCUGGACCUCGAUCCACCAGUUGAAGACCCCUGUUCUACAGCGUGUCACAUUUAUAAUUACAUAGUUGAUUUUUCUUUUAAUGACCAUUUAGCUAUUGUUGGCUGAACACAUUCUGAGACAUGCAACAGCUGCACUAAAACAUCACGUCACUAUAACAUUCCCUUUUUUGAAGUUUUGUUUUAAGUUGUUUUUAUUUUUAACCUGAUUCACGUUUUCUGUGUUCACAAAAUUACUCAUGGUCUUGGAACAAUUCACAAUAGCUGUCAUUGUUUUUUACUUUAGGGCUCCCAUCAGAUCAUGAGUUGGUAUGUGACCAUUUUUUUGAAAGAGGUGAAUGAGACAGAUUGAAUUGACAAGGGACGACGAAAGUCAGAGACUCCCCUUGGGAGCCAUGACCCUCGAACAGCAGUCCAACUUCGUACUGCCCUGAAGAGACUGAAGGAGAUCAUGGAGGGAAAGAGCCAGGACAGCGAUCUGAAGCAGUACUGGAUGCCGGACAGCCAGUGCAAAGAGUGCUACGACUGCAAUGAGAAGUUUACUACAUUCCGCCGGCGCCACCACUGCCGUCUCUGUGGCCAGAUAUUCUGCAGCCGCUGCUGCAACCAGGAGAUACCCGGCAAAUUCAUGGGAUACACAGGUGAUUUACGGGCAUGCACAUACUGUCGCAAGAUUGCACUGAGCUACGCGCACUCUGCUGACUCGGCAUGUAUUGGAGAGGAUCUGACUUCUCUGUCAGACUCGCCGUGCUCUGUGUGUGUGCUGGAGCCCACAGAGCCUCGCACACCCGUCGGCGGACGCAAAGCCAGCCGCAACAUCUUCCUGGAGGAGGACCUCGCCUGGCAAAGAAAAACUCCCAUUGGGAUGAGGAAGAAUUUGAUUCACCCAGAGUCUCAAAAUAGUGGGCUCAACUCUAGAUUGUCUGCAGUGCAAGAAGAUCUGGGCAAAUCACCAGCACGAAAGAGAUCAGCUAGUGUGACCAACUUGUCUCUGGACCGUUCAGGCUCCAUGGUUCCGUCAUACGACAGUUCAGUGAGCCCGCAGAGCAGCCGAGCGGCGUCCAAACCUGACCACAGCGAAGAGGAGCGCAAGAUCCUCUUGGAUUCAUCUCAGUUAAAAGAUUUAUGGAAGAAAAUCUGUCACAGCAAUACCGGGAUGGAGUUCCAGGACCACCGAUAUUGGCUACGGACUUACCCCAAUUGCAUUGUGGGUAAAGAUCUAGUAAACUGGCUCUUGCGAAAUGGCACCAUUUCUACUAGGGCUCAGGCCAUAGCUAUUGGACAGGCUCUGGUUGAUGGGCGCUGGCUUGACUGUGUUACUCAUCACGAUCAGAUUUUCCGUGAUGAGUAUGCACUGUAUCGCCCUCUUCAGAGCACAGAGUUCUCAGAGACUCCGUCCCCAGAUUCGGACAGUGUGACCUCCCUGGAGGGACACUCAGAACCAUCAUGGUUCAAAGACAUCAAGUUCGACGAUAGUGACACAGAACAGCUAGCUGAUGAAAAUGACUUAAUAACAACAAGUUCAGCCAGCCCCAGCAAAAGAACGUCAGUCAGCAGUUUCCAUUCAGCGGUGGACAGUGAUUCAGCCGCCUCCAUUAACCUGAAUGUGGAGCAGGACAACGUCAACUUCCACAUCAAGAAGCAGGCCAAGUACCCUCACGUGCCUCCUCACCCGGCCGAACAGAAAAGUAUGGCGCACUCUGACCCAUUCGCCCCCGACUCUGACUUCCACACACCAACUGAGGUCCUUGUCACAGAAGACGGCGGCCAGCAUUUAUCCAUUAGUGAUGCCUUCAUUAAAGAGUCUUUGUUUAAUCGGCGGGUAGAAGAGAAGGCAAAAGAAAUGCUCUUCACUCCACUGGGUUGGCACCACAGCUCCCUAGACCAACUGAGGGAGGAGAAUGGCGAGAAGAAAGCUAUGGAGAGACUUCUAUCGGCCAACCACAGCCACAUGAUGGCCCUGCUGCAGCAGCUGCUCUACAGCGAGUCACUCUCUCUCUCCUGGCGAGACAUCAUCGUGCCCGUGGUGCGGCAGAUAGUGCAGACGGUGCGUCCAGAUGUUCGCAGCUGUGACGAUGACAUGGACAUUCGCCAGCUGGUCCACAUUAAGAAGAUACCCGGAGGAAAGAAGUUUGACUCUGUCCUGGUGAAUGGCUUUGUUUGCACAAAAAAUAUUGCCCACAAGAAGAUGAACUCUUACAUUAAGAACCCCAAGAUCCUUCUGCUCAAGUGUUCCAUUGAGUAUCUUUACAGAGAAGAGACAAAGUUCACCUGCAUUGAUCCAAUUGUGCUUCAGGAGCGAGAGUUUCUGAAGAACUAUGUGCAACGAAUAGUUGAUGUGCGUCCUAACCUGGUGCUGGUAGAGAAGACGGUGUCACGCAUCGCUCAGGAUAUGCUGCUUGAGCACGGCAUCACUUUAGUCAUCAACGUCAAACCUCAAGUGCUAGAUCGAGUGAGUCGAAUGACUCAGGGAGAUUUAGUCAUGUCUAUGGAUCAGCUUUUGACCAAACCUCGCUUGGGAACUUGCCACAAAUUCUACCUUCACUCCUUCCAAUUAAACACUAAUAAUGAACUGAAGACACUGAUGUUCUUCGAUGGAUGUCCUUCUCAUCUGGGUUGCACCAUCAAGCUGCGUGGUGCCUCAGAAUAUGAGCUAGCCCGAGUUAAGGAGAUCAUUAUGCUGAUGGUGUGUGUAGCUUAUCACUCUCAGUUAGAGAUUUCCUUCCUUAUGGAUGAGUUUGCAAUGCCUCCUAGCCUUUCUAAGAGCUCGUCAUUCCACUGCCUGCUGGAGAGUGCAGCUGAGGAAACAGAAAAGGAGGUGGACAAGGAGAGCCAGGGGAACCAAGCUGAAACAAGGGAGGAGCAUGCAGAGCUCCACUCGGAAGGCGACUUCGACUUUGAGCCAGGGCUUCGAGAGAUAAUAAAAGGCCACAGUAGGCAGCAUUCUACCUCUGAGUCCUCACUGAAGGACGGAGAAAGUCCUAAAGUAAGCAGAAAUGACUCACCCAUGUCUACAUUUGUGGCAGAAGGGGAUGAGAUAAAGACCUCCACUCCCAUGUCUAGCCAAUCAAACCAGCCACAGUGUACGUCCCCUCCUUAUCUCUCGUCUAUGGAGGAGAUCGUAGAGGAGGAGGUGAAAGAACCAGCUGAGGCAGUUAGAAAUAGAGAGGACGAGGACACCCUGGUGCGAGGGAACAGCACCAGUUCAGAGACGCCCCUUGCUCCAACACAGCUCUUCAGAGACCCUCUGCAGGAUGACAGUGGCCUGUUCGUGGCUGAGCAAGUGACUUCAGCAGAUGAUCGGCUUAAGUCCAUCUCAGCCAGCUUUAGGCAGGAGUUGAAGGACGUUAUCCUGUGCAUCUCGCCCUUUAUGACCUUUCGUGAACCCUUCUUGCUGACACUGGCUGGCCUACGCUGCCCAAGCCGUGACUACUUCCCUGAGCAGAUCUACUUCUCACUGCUGAUAAACAAGGACCUCAAGGAGAUCGACAGCCGCCGCAAGAGGCUCCUGCUCAAGGACUCAAACCCAUCUAGUGGUUCUCUGAGCAAUGGGAUCGGGCCACAGCACCGCCCAGUCCGAGUGUUGCCUUCCCAUAAACUCACUACUACCCGCAUCACACAGCAGCUGGGCAACAGUCAGGAUCUGGCCCGCAUGCUGGCAGACUACCGCGCUCAGGGAGGACGAAUCCAGCGAGACAUUGACCCAUUUGCUCAUCCCACACAUGCUCCAAAUUCAAAGGCACCAGCCAAGGCAGACAGUGAGGAGGAGAAAGGACCAGGGCAGAACGACAUGGUCUGGGGUGCCAAGCUCGACUGCCUGAAUCCAAUAAACCACCAACGGCUGUGUGUGUUGUUCAGCAGCUCCUCAGCACAGUCCAACAAUGCCCCUAACCACUGCGUCAGCCCUUGGAUUGUGACCAUGGAAUUUUAUGGGAAGAAUGACUUGACUCUUGGAAUAUUUCUGGAAAGAUACUGUUUCAGGCCAUCUUACCAGUGCCCCAGCAUGUAUUGUGAAACUCCCAUGGUACACCAUAUCCGCCGCUUUGUGCAUGGCAAUGGCUGUGUCCAGAUUGUUCUAAAAGAGCUCGAUUCACCUGUGCCUGGAUACCAACACACCAUCCUCACUUACUCCUGGUGCAGAAUCUGCAAACAGGUUACUCCAGUUGUCCCCUUGUCCAACGAUUCAUGGUCCAUGUCCUUUGCUAAAUAUCUGGAGCUGCGUUUCUAUGGCCACCAGUACACUCGCCGUGCCAAUGCCGAGCCAUGCGGACACUCCAUCCACAAGGACUACCACCAGUACUUCUCCUACAACCAGAUGGUGGCCUCUUUCAGCUAUAUCCCAGUGAGACUGUUGGAGAUCUGCCUGCCUGCUCCUAAGAUCAUCAUCAGGAACCAGGGCCCCAGUAAGACCAUUCUGCAACAGGACCUCAAAGAUUUUGCGCUGAAGGUGACUCAGGUGUAUGCUGCAAUAGACGACCGUCUCACCUCUCUUAAAACGGACACGUUCAGUAAAACUCGCGAGGAGAAAAUGGAGGACUUGUUUGCGCAGAAAGAUAUGGAGGAGGGUGAGCUGCGCAGCUGGAUGGAGAAGCUGCAGGGACGUCUGCAGGCCUCGACUGUGGACACUCCACAGCAACUGCAGACUGUUCUCGAGUCUGUGGUGAUGAAGAAGCAGAGCUUGUGUGAAACACUGCAAUCUUGGAACAGCAAACUGCAGGACCUCUUCCAGCUGGAGAAGGGCAGGAAGCGUUUGUCUGUUCCACCCAGCCCUGGCAGACACAGACAGGCCACCAAUGAUGAGAGCAAGACGAGUGUCUUGGAGUCGUCCCCCCGCAACCCCUCCCCUGUGGUACAGAAUGGUGAGAAAGCCUUAGAGGAUCGUUACCUCAGCACCCUGCCCUCAAACACAGGAUCCUCGUCCUUUCCCCUACCAUCACCAGCCGAGCAGAGCUCAGAGAUCCCCACGUCUGGUCCUUCCUUCCAUGAUCAGGACUCUGAAGGAGAGGUGUUUGAUAGCCACCUACAAGGCUCCAGUGACAGUCAAGUGAAGGAGAAGACCACCAUGAAAACCAUUCUGGCCAACCUGUUACCAGGAAACAGUUAUAACCCUAUUCCUUUACCUUUUGACCCAGAUAAACACUACCUCAUGUAUGAUCAUGAGCGUGUCCCCAUUGCCGUGUGUGAGAGAGAACCGAGCUCUAUCAUUGCCUUCGCUCUGAGCUGUAAAGAAUAUAAAACUGCUCUUGAAGACCUUUCAAAGACUACACUGAAGGCCCCUGGAGAGGAGAUCUCUCAGACCAGCAGUAGUUCUGGAGAGAACAAGGUGAAGAACAGCCCUGCCAAGGUGACUGAUGGCAGCACCUCUCAGGCUGGCCGCAGCAGCAUAGACACAGACCCACCCAAGGAGACUGAGAGUGGUGACAAACAGAAGAAGCAGUCGGGGAAUCCGCACAUUGAAUUGCAGUUCUCAGACGCCAGUGCAAAGUUCUACUGCCGCAUCUACUACGCUGAGGAGUUCCAUAAGAUGAGGGAGGAGGUGAUGGAGAGCACAGAGGAAGAUUUUGUCCGCUCACUCUCUCACUGUGUCAACUGGCAGGCUCAAGGUGGCAAGUCAGGAGCGGUCUUCUACGCCACUGAAGAUGACCGGUUUAUUUUGAAGCAGAUGCCCAGGCUGGAAGUACAGUCCUUCCUGGAUUUUGCCCCACACUACUUCACUUACAUCACUGGUGCAGUUCAACAGAAGCGGCCUACAGCACUGGCAAAGAUACUGGGAGUUUACCGUAUUGGCUACAAGAACUCACAGAACAACACGGAGAAGAAGCUCGAUCUGCUUGUGAUGGAGAACCUCUUCUAUGGACGCAAGAUGGCGCAGGUGUUCGACCUGAAGGGCUCUCUGAGGAACCGCAACGUGAAGACUGAGCAGGGUAAGGAGAGCUGCGAGGUGGUGCUGCUGGACGAGAACCUGCUCAAGCUGGUGCACGAUAAUCCGCUCUACAUCCGAUCGCACUGCAAGGCCAUCCUGCGUGCCGCCAUCCACAGCGACGCCUACUUCCUGUCCAGCCACCUCAUCAUCGACUACUCACUGCUGGUGGGCCGUGAUGACGCCUCUGACCAGCUUGUCGUGGGCAUUAUAGAUUACAUCCGGACAUUCACAUGGGAUAAAAAGCUCGAGAUGGUGGUCAAGUCUACGGGAAUUCUCGGCGGGCAAGGUAAAAUGCCCACAGUUGUUUCUCCAGAGCUGUACCGUGCCCGCUUCUGUGAAGCCAUGGACAAGUACUUCCUUAUGGUCCCUGACCACUGGACCGGACUGGGUGUGAACUGCUGAGUGCUGAAACUGCACAUGCUACAGUAGACAAUCCACACUGACUGGAAACUUU